CACUAUCAGAACGCCUGUAGCCACUCGUUCAUUAGUAUCGCCGCUGUUGUUUUUAAUAAUUCGCCGGUAAAAUGCAGAAACACUUGCACUUCCCUAUGGAAAGUGAAGGGAGAUAAAGUGUGCCGUUACCUAAACAGAACUGAACUGAGUGCAGUGUUUGUGUAUCGCCACCCUAGAGACUGACGAAUCGCAUCGAUAAUGCCAGUGGACGACAUUUACUGGAAUUCUAUCGAUUUUGGCAGCGAAGAGGAGUCCGUCCACGAUUCGCCCUCGAUGAAGCACUACGUGGACCCGUGGGACUUGGAGAACUAUGCCUACAUUCGGGAGCACCUGGACUCCGUAGACAUAAGUUCUGAUCCUAGUUCCGACGAUUUCGCUCAUUCGACGUCUUUUUCGUACGUACCGGUGCAAAGAGAGCAGAAUUAUGCGGCGAUUGACGAGAUUAGGGGGUAUAGUAAACCGAGAGCGAGGAGGAUGCAUAGUGAUGGAGGGAUGUAUAGCGAUGGAAGGAUGUAUAGGGAUAGCUAUGAGCCGGAAUUCGACGAGAAUCCAUAUGAAGUGAGCUCGAAGGACAUCUCCAUACCCUACGCUUUUGAGCAGAAGGAUAGAUCGAGAAAGUUUCCUUCACCGGCAAACGGACGAAACUCCAGAGAUCGCAGUUUAAGUUUUUCAUACGGCGACUACGGAACAAAUCAAGAUAUUUACUGCAGACUUGACGAAAUACGGCCAAAACGAGAGUCGACUUUACCUAUUUACGACGACGUUAGAAGUAGCAGGAGAAAGCCGAGGAAUUUUGGACUGAGUAACUACGGACAUUUAAAAAUAGACUAUUCCUACAGUUGGAAUAAUUUGGAUAAAUACAUCUACAAUUAAGUCUAAUAAGUUUCAAGACUGUAAAUAUAAUCUUGUACAAAAUAAUUUAUAAUAUAUACAAUAAUCACUUUA